AUGCGGUGGGGAAAUUCUUUCAAGAAGCUUGCCAUUCUAGCGGCUGUCGUGGUCUUCGCCUUAUACCACUGGUCACGUACAAUUUUGCCUCUGUCUUCCAUCUCCAUAAACCAGUUUUUUGAUCCAGUUAUUGACAACCUUGUUCACGCGCCCUCUUUGAAGGAUACGUACAUAAUAAAGGCCAAGCAAUUUGGUAUUAACGAUGACCAUGAUUUUUUGAGGCUGUACCUUUCAAGUUGCUUGUUGGUUCCGGACUCCACAAAAGAGGAAUUGACUCUUAAGCACAAGAACUACGUGAAGUAUCUCUUCAGCAGUGAGAAUACUGUUGAUGCCUAUGCACCCGUGAGAAAGGGAACAAAGGCAUGGAACGAUUACAAGGGCAAAAACGGUAUUGUGUAUAUCGGAGGUGGUAAGUACUCCUGGAUCUCGUUUCUUUCUAUCGUACAGCUCCGUAAGACCGGCUCCAAAACCCCCGUUGAGGUCUUCAUUCCCUCAAUCGAAGAAUACGACCAGAAGUUUUGUGAAGAGAUCUUGCCACAAUACAACGCCCGCUGUUUGGUCUUUAAAGACCCAUUCCUGGGCAAAAGACGCCUACAGUUGACUGGCUACCAAUAUAAGAUGCUCGCAUUGUUAAUGUCUUCCUACGAGAAUACAAUGUACGUGGACUCGGAUGUCAAUCCAUUGCACAAUCCUGAUUUCUUAUUCACUUCUGAACUUUACAGAAAGAACGGUCUUCUCUUAUGGCCAGACCAUUGGGCCAGAACCACCAGCCCCGACUUCUAUGACAUUGUGGGCAUCGAUGUGAGGGAAAAAAAAGUAAGACAUUCAAACAAGGAUCUCAAAAAAGAUCCCGUUCCACCUUUAAGUGAAGGUACGUUUCAGAAUUCUGACUUCCAUGACUUCGAAAACACUAUUCCAAAUCCAACAGUUGAGGCAGGAGUCCUCUUGGUCAACAAGUCUACUCAUGUGCGUACCUUGCAACUCGCCCUCUACUAUAAUGUCCUUGGGCCGGACUUUUAUUAUCCUCUUUUGACUCAAGGAGGAGCAGGAGAAGGUGACAAAGAUACCUUCAAUGCUGCUGCACAUGUUCUUGAUGAGCCUUAUCACUUGUGUGCCAAACAAUUUAGAUGGAUUGGUUACCACAACAAGGACAAAGACGCAUUCGAUGCCAAAGGAUUGGGAAUUCACGACCCAGUCGGAGCAUUGGCCGACGAAGAAAACGCAAAGGUUCUAUUCAUUCAUUGUUCGUACCCUAAGUACUUCCCAGGAACUGUCGCUCCAGAGUUGGCAUACUCUACGGGAGAGCACAUUCGCAUGUAUGACAAUGUCAACGAGAACGUUGGGUAUGAUGUUGAUCUCAGACUCAUGGAGAAUUUUGCCAAAUAUUUCUGCAAAAACUAUAAAGCAGCAGGUGUUCAAAGUAAAUAUGAAGAGACUUGGGCUGGAACAUUCCUUCCAUACGUCAAGGAGGAGUAUACGCAAUUCGAAGCGACUUGCGAGGAACUCUUUUUGCCUCAUUUGGAAUGGCUUAGAAAGGAAACCAAAUAUCGGAACACAAACAAGCACGGUUCAUUAUAA